AAUCAUUGUUUGCAGAGUUUUUUUUGGAUAAGGUACAGAUAAGAAGCCACCUCUAGAAAUCUAGCAAUAGAUCUCUCGUCUCUAAAAGAGGAAGAAGAUCUCAACUAGUGGGUCCCAGUGAUUCCAACAUAAUGUCCCAGAACUUGCCACGUGGCGUUCGUUCUGAACGGUUGCAGUACUGUUGUCCUUACAGAAUCAUUAUCUCCCUCGCUGUAAUGUAAUAUCUCUCUCUCUCUCGCUCCCCUCUUUAUGUUCCUGUCGCUUUCUGUCUGUACCCAAAUUAAGUAAAGAACCUUACCUUCUCUCUCUUCUUCUUCUCUGUUUCUUUCAUGUUUCAUGAGAGUUUCUCAGCAAUUUCUGGUAUUUUGGGUUUAUCUAGUUUAGAGUGAGAAAAACGAGUGAUAGGAGAGAGAAAAUUCUGUUUCUUUCUUAAAAAAUUUGUUGGGCGUGGAACUUCGGCUUCCACAAAUCAGGUUUCGAGCUCUUCCUUCAAUUUCUGAUUCGCCCAAAAGCUUUCCAUAUCUGAGAUCUGACAUGGAACAACAAGGUUGGAAUUUUGAGGAGAAUUACAACUUCUCCGCUAAUAUAAGAUCUAUAAGGCCACAAGAUGAACUAGUGGAGUUGUUAUGGCGAGAUGGGCAAGUGGUUCUGCAGAGCCAAAAUCAGAGAGAGCAAACCCAAGCCCAAAGUCAGAAAGAAGAUCAUCGUCAAGAAACCCUAAGACCCAACACAUUUCUUGAAGAUCAAGAAACCGUCUCUUGGAUCCAAUACCCUCCAGAUGAAGACCCAUUCGAAAACGAGGACUUGUCCUCCCAUUUCUUAUCAACCCUUGAUCACCUCGAGAGACCAGUCUCACAAACGGUUAAGCACAAGGCCGGUCCUAGCCCUCCUCAGGUCAUGCCUCCUCCUAAGUUUAGGUUAACCGAUUCCUCAUCAGGAGGAAAAGAACAGUACUCGGUGGUGACCGUUGGACCGAGCCAUUGUGGGAGCAACCAAUCUCAGAACGAUCUCGAUGUCUCGAUUAGUCAUGAUCGAAGCAAAACUAUCAUCGAUGAAAGGCUUUUCCCGAACGCAAGUUCAUCAUCAGGUGGCUCCUCCGGUUGCAGCUUUGGCAAGAACAAUAAAGAUAUGGCUAGUGGAAGAAGCCUCACAACAGACCGUAAGAGAAAACAUAUAAUGGACACUGAUGAAUCUGUGUCUCGAUCAGAUGCUAUCGGUAACAAGUCGAACCAGCGAUCAGGAUCAACGCGAAGGAGUCGAGCAGCUGAAGUUCAUAAUCUCUCCGAAAGGAGGAGGAGGGAUAGGAUCAAUGAGAGAAUGAAGGCUUUGCAAGAACUAAUACCUCACUGCAGUAAAACUGAUAAAGCUUCGAUCUUGGACGAAGCCAUAGAUUACUUAAAAUCACUUCAGUUACAGCUUCAAGCUAUGUGGAUGGGAAGUGGAAUGGCGGCGACGGCAGCGGCUCCUAUAAUGUUUCCCGGAGUACAUCCUCCGCCGUUCAUCCGUCCGAUGCAGAACCCGGUGCCGUUUCCUCGAUUCCCGGUUAUGGACCAGUCUGCGAUUCAGAAUAAUCCCGGUUUAGUUUUUCAGAACCCGGUACAAAACCAGGUCUUAUCCGAACGGUUUGCUAGGUACAUCGGCGGUUUCCCACCGAUGCAGGCCGCUACUCAGCCGAUGGAGCUGUUGAGAUUUGGUUCUCCGGCUGGACAGCAAAGUCAACAACCGUCUGCGCCGACGAAGACUACCGACGGUCCUUGUUAGGACCACUUUGCUGAUGUGGCAAACAAAUUUUCACUUCUCUUUGUUGGUUUGUUAAUUGUUUGGUUGUUGGGGUAAGUCUUCAUCUUUAUUUAUAUAAUUUUGAACAUGAUUAAAACGUUUCAAGGAUGUAUUAUAUUAUAGAGUACAACUUACAACUUUCAUUACGCUAUUUUCUGUAUAUGCGAGUUUAUGUAUGUUACUAUGUUAAUUACUAUGUCAACAUGAGAUGAGACUUUUUGUAAUCGUAUAGAACCGAAAAAAAAAAAAAUUGAGGAUAAACUGAU